AUGGUCCAAUUGAAACCCUACAAAGGCGACUACUAUCUCUGGGAAUACGUCCCCAACCUCGGUGCCGCUGUGGUCUUCCUCCUCAUCUUCGCCGUCUUGACAGCCAUGCACACCUACCGUCUCAUCAAGACGCGGACCUGGUUCUUUGAACUCUACGGCUACGGCGGCCGCAUCAGCGCCUACAGAAACACCGCCUCCCUAUUCUCCUACGCCCUCGCCAACGACGGCCUCCUCCUGACACCCGCCCUCUUCGCCGCCUCGGUCUACAUGACCCUGGGCCGGGUGAUCCGCGCCCUGCACGCCCAGAAGUUCUCCCUCCUGCCGCUGACCUGGCUCACCCGGGCCGUGACGGGCCACACGGCCGGCGCAAAAGCCGUGGUGCUGCUGGGGUUGUUCAUCCAGCUCCUCUCGUUCGGCAUCUUCGGGGCCACUGCGGUGGUGUUCUACCGGCGCAUCUUGGCGGGCCCCACGCCGCAGUGCUUCAAUCCACUUCUCCCCAGGCGAGAGAUCUUGUAUGAGGAAGGGGGUCGUAAGGCUGGCUUGGAUGAUGGUUUCGAGAGAUGUGGUGGAUCUCUCGUGGUGCUGGGCGAGGGAAUCGAAGACGACGUUGAGACAUCGUCCUGGGUUGAUGAAGCGGAGAAUGGGCUGAUGCUCGAAUCAGUGGUACUCGAGAUCUCAGAGAUUGUUAUGGCCGAGGGGACGAUGACGGGUGGUGGAUAG